AUGGGUAUAUUAGUCUUGGAGAAGGGGUCCAGUUGUAACGGACAGCAAGCAGAAAAUUCCAACUUUAAGGAGAUUUUACAUAUAGCUCUUGAAUACACCGAUACGCUCGUCAACCUGCGACACAAAACAAAUAGACUUCCUUACACACUAACAGAACUUCUAAGUCCCCCCAAGUCCCUCCAAGUCCCCCAGGUCCCUCCAGGUCCCCCAGGUCCCUCCAGGUCCCUCCAAGUCCCCCAGGUCCCCCCAGGUCCCCCCAGGUCCCUCCAGGUCCCUCCAAUUCCCCCAGGUCCCCCCAGGUCCCUCCAGGUCCCUCCAAUUCCCUCCAGGUCCCUCCAGGUCCCUCCAAGUCCCCCAGGUCCCCCCAGGUCCCUCCAGGUCCCUCCAAAUCCCUCCAAGUCCCUCCAGGUCCCUCCAAGUCCCCCAGGUCCCCCCAGGUCCCUCCAGGUCCCUCCAAUUCCCUCCAAUUCCCUCCAAGUCCCUCCAGGUCCCUCCAAGUCCCCCAGGUCCCCCCAGGUCCCUCCAGGUCCCUCCAAUUCCCCCAGGUCCCCCCAGGUCCCUCCAGGUCCCUCCAAUUCCCUCCAAUUCCCUCCAAGUCCCUCCAUGUCCCUCCAAGUCCCCCAGGUCCCCCCAGGUCCCUCCAGGUCCCUCCAAGUCCCCCAGGUCCCCCCAGGUCCCUCCAGGUCCCUCCAAUUCCCCCAGGUCCCCCCAGGUCCCUCCAGGUCCCUCCAAAUCCCUCCAAAUCCCUCCAAGUCCCUCCAAGUCCCCCAGGUCCCCCCAGGUCCCUCCAGGUCCCUCCAAUUCCCUCCAAUUCCCUCCAAGUCCCUCCAGGUCCCUCCAAGUCCCCCAGGUCCCCCCAGGUCCCUCCAGGUCCCUCCAAUUCCCCCAGGUCCCCCCAGGUCCCUCCAGGUCCCUCCAAUUCCCUCCAAUUCCCUCCAAGUCCCUCCAGGUCCCUCCAAGUCCCCCAGGUCCCCCCAGGUCCCUCCAGGUCCCUCCAAGUCCCCCAGGUCCCCCCAGGUCCCUCCAGGUCCCUCCAAUUCCCCCAGGUCCCCCCAGGUCCCUCCAGGUCCCUCCAAAUCCCUCCAAGUCCCUCCAGGUCCCUCCAAGUCCCCCAGGUCCCCCCAGGUCCCUCCAGGUCCCUCCAAUUCCCUCCAAUUCCCUCCAAGUCCCUCCAGGUCCCUCAAAGUCCCCCAGGUCCCCCCAGGUCCCUCCAGGUCCCUUCAAAUCCCUCCAGGUCCCUCCAAGUCCCUCCAGGUCCCUUCAAAUCCCUCCAAGUCCCUCCAGGUCCCUUCAAAUCCCUCCAAGUCCCUCCAAAUCCCUCCAAGUUCCUCCAGGUCCCUCCAGGUCCCUCCAGGUCCCUCCAGGUCCCUCCAAGUCCCUCCAAAUCCCUCCAGGUCCCUCCAAGUCCCUACGAGUCCCUCCAGGUCCCUCCAAGUCCCUACGAGUCCCUCCAGGUCCCUCCAGGUCCCUCCAGGUCCCUGGAAUGAAACCAUACCCAUCGUACGACCAGGUAAGAACGGCGUCGCCAGAGAGACCCAGGAAUAA